AUGAACCCAAGUUCAAGCCAACCUGAAAUUAGUCCAGAAGGAAUUGACCUCAAGGAAGAACCGAAGUCAUAUUCAGCUGAGCCUGAAGAAGAAGUGAAGCAGGUGAGGAGUAAGAGUACAGAGGGGAAUGAGUCAAGAGAGCAGAAGAGCUGUGAUGAGCACCCUCCUGGAGAGGAAGAUGUACCCCAGAGAGAAGUACAAGAGAGGGUUUCUAAUCCAAUGAGGGAAGCAAAUGCUAAUAGAAACGAGGUUAAUCCUCGUUUACAUGAUGUUCAAGAUUACAUAAAAGACCAAGAUCCAGAAGAAGUGAAAAGAAGGCUCGAGAGAUGCCCUCCAGACUUUACAAGAGCGAGGACACAUGGAUUUGCAAGCAAGGUAAACAGGCUGGAUUCAAUAAACAACAUACAAGAUGCUAACAAUGGAAAAAUUGAAUGAUGUGAAUGCUGUGGAAGACCUGCUGAGGAUUAUGUUAAAGAUCUACCCCUAUGCAUUGACACUGCUGAGCUUGACAUUUUAGGGAGUGGAUUUCCUCUAUACUACCAUUUCAAGAAAUUUACCAUUAUCAUCUACUUCGCUAUGAUAUUUGUGGUAGGAAUUCCGUGAUUGGUUAUAAACUUUCAUCAAGGAAGAAGCAGUGAAUGGGAUCUAAAUAAAUCAUACAUAAUUUCUACCACAAUUGGUAAUCAUGGAAAAAUUCCAGACAACUACACAAAAUGGAGAGUUCAAGUCCAAGUGAUCCUGAAUUUCUUGUUUAUUUUUGUAAUUGCAAUUGCAAGUAUCUUUUUAAGGAAAACUCAGAAUACCAUAAUCAGAGAAGUUGAUGAACAAAACAUUACCCCUUCUGAUUUUGGAGUGAUGAUUAGCAACAUCCCCAAAGAUAAGCAUCCUUCAGAUCUCAAGAAAUGGCUUGCUGAAAAAGUUCCAGGGAUUGAAAUUGUUUACGUAAAUUACUGAUAUAACAUAACUGAGAUGGUCAAAGCCACAAGAAAGCAAAACUCUCUUUGUCAGAUAAGGGCAUACCUUUUGGCUUACAAGAAGAGAAAGCUCGAAGAAGAGAAAAUUACAGAAGAGCAAGCUAAAGAAAGAGAGAUUUCCCUCGCUCCUCCCCCCAAAAAGAUUCUGGGAUGUAUAAAAAUAUCAUAUCCUCAAAUAGACCGACUGGAGAAGAAAAUCAAAGAUGUAGAAAGAGUGCAGGAGCGCAUAAUGGAGACUACAAAAAGAAUAUUAGAUACAGAUGAAUUCUGUGGGAAAGCUUUUGUAGUGCUCAACAAGCAAAGCCAUGCCGAAAGAAUUACUAAAUACUUUGAAUGUUCUCUUCUCAAUAGAGCAUUUAACAGAGUCCUGUUCAAUGUGUUCAAGUAUCAAAGCCCCAAUAUCUCUCGCAGAUAUUGGGAUGGAAACUUGAUUUACACAGAAAGAGCAGCUGAGCCCGGUGAUAUUUACUGGGAAAAUCUUGCUGUGUCUACCAGAACAAGAUUGAGAAAGGUAUUAUGGACUUCAUCAGUUGCAAUAUUUUGUUUGGGAGCUGCUUUUGGAAUUAACUUUGGAAUUAGAGGAAUUCAAAAAUCAAUCAAAAAUGAAAGUACAUCAUCUUUGGCUGAAGAAUAUUUUAUCAGAAGUUUGUCUAUUCUUGCAUCCUUUAUGAUUGCAGCAAAUAAUAUGCUUCUUGGACGACUUAUCAGGGUACUUACUUCUUAUGAAAAUCAUGAAACUUAUACAAAGUACCAUCUCUCUGUGGCCUUUAAGCUUACUUUUGCGAUGUUUAUAAAUACUGGAAUAAACCCUCUAUUUGCCAAUUUUGGCAGGAAAAAUUGGUUCAAUCAAGGUGGAUUAAUGGUAGAUAUUUUCUAUAUUACAAUCACAGUUUCGCUUAUCAGUCCAUUCUCGUACCUCUUUGACCCUGGCUUUUUAAUAAAACUAUACAAGAGGUGGAGAGAAAAGAGUAAAGGAAAUAAGUCCAAGCUUACUCAAAAGCAAGCUAAUGAAUUAUUUGAAGGACCCCCUUUGGAUAUGGCUCAGAGGUAUUCUAACACAAUGCUACUGUUCUGUAUGGCUGUUUUCUAUGCAUUUCCGAUGCCAAUAAUCUCUGUCAUUUCGCUACUAGGAGCAGUCUUCCAAUAUUGGCUGGAAAAAUACCUCUUGUUGAAGAGACAUAAAGUUCCUGAACCUUUUGGAGAAGCAAUGGCUCAGAUAUUUAGCAGCAUGAUCCCAUUCUUUUGCUUACUAUACGGGACUUCACUGUAUAUUUUCAGUACAACUUUAUCAGAAGGAAAAGGAUGGAUUGGCUUGGCAGCUUUCAUCAUCACUCUUCUGUACAUGAUCCUUCCAUUUGGAAAGCUACUAGACCAUCUAAAAAGAGAAACUCAUAGAAAUGACAACUAUGAAUACAAGGAAGAGAGAAUUGACUUCUUGACUGAUUAUGAUCGCUCAAAUCCAAUCACAGAGGAGGCAGCUAAUGUUUAUCACCAAAGAAAAUUGGCAGCUGCAAACUUUCUCACUGAAAUCCAAAAUCAGCCUAGUGAGGGUCAUAAUGAAUGGGGUGGAGUUCUAAAAUAUGGAAGACAGGCUACCAGUUUGGAAGGCAAAGUCUUCAGAAAAUUCCAACACGUUGAGAUGCUAGUUGGAUCUAAUAAGGCAAACUUUCUCAGAAGAACAAGCACCCAAAACCAACACCAAUUAGGACAUCUCUCUAGAAUUGAGGAAGAAAAAGGGGCAAAUGAAGAGCUAAAAGAAGAACUAAAAGCUGAACCCCCUGCACCUACAAUAAGAAGACUCAGGACAGAGAAUCUCAUUACCCACAACUACCAAAAUUCCAUCAAUCUGGCUUCCAACAACCAUGAAAUCUCCCAAAGCCAAGAUUUCAGUCAGAGCUCUGAGGACCCAUAAUUACUUUGGUUUUAACAAGAAGUUGCCC